GAUUAGCAUAGGUCAGUCUAUCGAAAGCCUACCUCUGCUCACCAUGAAGUUCCUUCCUCUAUUCGUCAUCCUUCUCCUGCUCGGCUGCGCCUCUCUGGGCAGUGGAGCUGCUGUGGGCAAGCCCACUGGACAGCCUGGCUGCCAAACGGAAGAGGAACUGGCGGUACCGGGCUAUGCCCACUUCUACCUGAAGAAUGCCUACUGGACCUGCGAAACCCUGGGAGUUCCGGCCACCCUCAACUCGUGCCCGAUCGCUCAGGCCUGGUUGGAUGCCGUAAAGAGCUGUGUCCCGUGGUCCGAGUGGUACUGGUCACCCACGGUCCUGCCCCCCAGCGAGCCUCUGGCGACGGUCUAAAUCAGGAAGCCACAUAUUUUAAGAGGUUUUGAAAUAAAUAAAAUACAUUUAAAUGAAGCUA